CCGCCCGGCAGCGAGGCGAUGAACCGGCGGGUCCUUUCCCUGCGAGGCGCUCUAAGAUGGCGGCUGAAGGACAGCUGUUGAGUUGGGAUGUUUCACCCAAAAAUGGCAAAGAAGUGUUUUUCUCACGUGAAACGUAUGAAAAAUAUUCCCUGGCUCCGAGCCUCUUGGAACUGUGGAAUUUAUCGAAAAGAUUGGCAAAGAAAGAUGUGGAGAUAUUGGCAAAUUCUUCAGAAAACAAACAGAUUGGUAACAUACAGGCUACAAAUGCAGUUGGGGUGGUGACUAAAACCACAACUGAUGAUCAUCCUUUUCCAGAACCUAGACUUCCCUAUCCAUUUACCUCCUGUCUGACUGAGAAGGAGCAGAAAACAUAUUUAUAUCUGAUGACUAAGUUCUCAAAAACACCAAAUCAUUUUCCUCUCAAUGCAGCAAGUCAAAGAGAGUUACUGCUGUAUCUGAAAAUGAAAGAAGUAGUAAACAGUGAGGUUGCAGAAUUUAUGAAGUUCGCCCAAAAUGCUGCGAAGAGCUGUACUCAGGACUAUGAUUGUAUCUCUGAAGAUGCUCUGCUUUAUACUGAGGAAUUAUUCAGGGCUUGUAUUGGACAUGUGAAAAAGUAUCCUGAGUUUUACAUGUUACAUGAGAUAAUGAGCAUUAUGGGAGGAAAAUUUAACACGCAAUUGACCUUGAAGCUGGAAAAAAGUCUUCUUGUAAUGGGUACAGCAAGAUAUGCGAAGACAGCAUUCCCUACCAUGCCUGUUCAGCUCUGCACAGAUUAUAAAACCGUUACAUCUAUUAUAACUCCAGAAAAAAAGGCUUCUCUUAUCCACAAUGAUAUUAGUUCAGAUUCAAAUGCAGAAAAGCUUGCUUUGAAAUACUCCCCUCAAGUUGUUCUAAGUAACCAGUCAUUAUUUACAUUGCUGAAUAAUCAUGGAUUAAACUACAAGGAACAGUGGGAAAUUCCAGUUUGUGUUAAGAUGAUCCCUAUUGCAGAUAACAAAGCAGCUAAAGUGGUUUUUGUUGACUCACCUCUCCUGAAAAAGGAAAUGACAAUAAGAGAGAGGAACCAAAUAUUCCAUGAAAUUCCUGCAGACUUCCUAGCAACUAAGAAGUCUUACAUUGCGAUUUCCGAUGUUUCGAUGGACAAACCAGAUGAGGACAAUCUGUUUCAGUGGGAUGUGUCUGCUGAUACCUACCAGUGCAGGAAGAUUCCAUUUACAGAUGAUGCAGGGAUGGAUUUUGAUGAUGAUUUUACAGAACUGGAAACUUUUGGAGCAGCUGUCAAACUUUCACGGACUUCUAAAACAGAAAACACUUGUUCAGUUGGUAACACUGAUAAAGUUUUGUCAUGUGACUUACAACCAGAAAAAAAACUGACAUCUACCACAAACAGUGAAGCUCAAGAGAGAAAAACUCCUCUUUCUGAGCAGGGAUUUUCAGCAUAUUCCAGAUUGCAGCUUCCAUCAUGUGGCAAUGUAUGCUUCAGCCCUGAAGGAAAUUGGUCUCAUAAAAACUUUCAUUCUGAGGAGGUGGAGUUGAAGAAAGCACAGGAUGUCAUGACCAAAAAAGUAUCAGACAAUGAAACUAAUACUUUAUAUCCUGCUGUAAGUUGCAAAAAAGACUCUCAUGCUGCACAGAAAAAUGAGAUAUAUGCUCCUUUAUGCAGUAGUGACACCGACGAAGAUCGUUUAAUAAUUGAUAUAGAGCAUAAAAAUACUGAAUGCAAAAAAACUGUUCCAAAUGCUGUUUCUCAGACCUUGGUCCAGACUUGCAAGUCACCUUCCCCCACCCCAAAUCCAUCUGCAAGCAUGGCUGAUAGCUCAGAAACUGUGCAUCAGGGAAAAAAUGCCUCCAGAAAGGCUGCAAGAAGGUUGUCCAAAGAAUUUGAUCCUGUUGGACAGAUUUUGAAAAUGCAAACGGAGCUCCUCAAGUCACCUACCCAAAAAGCCCAUGAGCAGCCAGCAGUGAGCUGUGAUAAUGCUAAUGCUGUACAAACUCACGUGCCUCAGUCUUCAAAGCCACCAGUGAUCUCCCACACAGCACCUGUGCUGGGCCCUGCCCCAAAUCCUCAUGGCUCAUCUAGGAAUACCUGGACGUGCCUUUUUCAGGGGGUGCCAAGGAGAAAGCUGCCAGAUGAACUUCAGAUGCUUGUGGAAGACCCUGGAGAGUAUAGAGCACCUCAGGAUGGCAACCUUGUGUAUAAGCUGUUCAGUUUGGAUGACCUGUUGUUACUUGUGCGUUGCAAUGUGCAGAAAGUGAGAUCGUUGUCACGUUUCAAUAAAAAGAAGAAAGCUCAAAAGCUUAUUCCAAUAUUCCUGUUGCCUAAACUGGAAUACCAAGCCUAUUAUGGUGUUGAAGCUCUUACAGAAAGUGAAGUAUGUCAGCUGUGGACAGAGAGCAUGCUUCAUUCUGAAUGCUUAUUUUAUAUUGGGCAUAUUGAUGGUCUGACAUCAAAACUUAUUAUGCUAGAAAAGAUUUCUCCAAAAAUAUUAAGAGAAAAACUUGGAUUGAUUAAGCCAGCAAAUUCAUUGAAUAUACUUCAUCACAUUUUGAAGAAAGUGUCUGAUUUGCAGGAGGGCUCUUAUCUAUUGACUCAUGCUGCAGGAGAUUCAUCAGUUACAAUCUACAAGAGUUCCCUUGACAAGCCAACAAGAGCUUCAUAUAACCUACAUAAGGCUCAUGGUGAUCUGCCUACAGUACCUGCCAUGCUCUCAGUCCCCUGGGUGCCACUGGAUCCCAGUCUCCCUUUGCCCUAUCACAUGAAACAUGGAAGAGUCCCAUGCACCUUUCCGCCUGCGCCCCAAGAAGCCACGGGGAAACAGAAGAUGGCUGGGGUGAAAGGGCAGUCAGACACACCCUACGAGGGAGAGCCAGUAACUAUGGAAACAAAAGGCAAUCCAGCUAAGCCUAACGAAGGUGUGGCUGCAAAGAAGCUGAGGAAUCACUGCAAACAAAGAAUGAUGAAGAAAAAGUGGAAAAUGAAGCAAAACAAAACACAGCUCGUGAUUGGUGAAAUAAAAAUGGAGGAUUAUGCAACAUCGUGGACUAAAAUCUAAUGCUAAUCCCAAAGGAACAGCAUCUUUGGAGAGAAGGAACACGGGAGCCUGACUGUUAUGGUACCACCAGAGUAUGAAUUCCUACAUCUAACACAGACUGUACAGCUGUGGAAACUACAGCUGAAGGAAAGUGUGCAGGCCUGGAUCUUAUUCUGCAGACAUCUCUGCUUCUGCAGCUACUUAGUACUGAUAUUUUACAUGGCCUCAAUCAGCUGAGUUUAGGAACA